AUGACCAUUCAAAAGUACAACGUGGGUAGGUGGAUUCCGGAUUUCUUUCUUUGGGGGUUUAUUGUUUUUAAGUUCCUCACACGGGAUCAAAAGCUUAACUCACAUGUGUACCUGCACCAGAUGGUGACCUGCAGCUACGGUAAUACUUACUUUAAUAACAAAGGCUUGGAAAUUCUGAGAAUUGUGAUUAUCACUUUCAAAUCGAAGUAUUUGGUGGUACUCCCAAAUCUUCAAUUGGAUAAGACUCUGAGAGACAAGAAUCGAGAAUGUUUGAUGAUAUUUUCAUAUAUGGAUAAGCCAGGGGCUCUGCCCCUUGGACCCCGCCAGGGGCUGCUGCCCCUUGGACCCCGCUCCCAGGGGCGCUGCCCCCGGACCCCCGUUCGUUCAGGGGCUUCGCCCCUAAAUGACAGUGUACUUUGA